AUGUCCGACCAAAAAACCCAGCUUCCAGAUCUUUCAAAAACUACUUUCUCAAUAUGGAAGCAAAAGGUUCUCGGAUAUUGUCAACAGCUUGGAUUCAAGAAAUACCUCACUACUGCAACUGCCCCAGCCGGAACCUCACCAGAAGGCUUGGAAAAGUUUGCAACCGAUCGAUCCAGAACUAUAUAA